ACUCCCAGGAGCUACAUGCUACCUGAUUCUGCGGGCGGGGGAGCAGCACCAGGUCCGCGCGAACACCAGGGCCUGGUGAAACACACGGGGGGCUGCCACUGUGGCGCGGUGCGUUUUGAAGUCUGGGCCUCGGCCGACUUGCACAUCUUUGACUGCAACUGCAGCAUUUGCAAGAAGAAACAGAAUAGACACUUCAUUGUACCGGCUUCUCGCUUCAAGCUCCUGAAGGGCGCGGAGAGCAUAACCACAUACACGUUCAACACGCACAAAGCGCAGCACACGUUCUGUAAGCGAUGCGGCGUGCAGAGCUUUUACACUCCGCGCUCCAACCCCGGAGGCUUCGGAAUCGCCCCUCAUUGCCUCGAUGAGGGCACCGUGCGGAGUGUGGUCAUUGAGGAAUUCAAUGGCACCGACUGGGAAAAGGCCAUGAAGGAGCACAAGACCAUCAAGAACAUGUCUAAAGAGUGAGCUCCUGCCCCACCCUUCCUGGAAAGGAGGGGCGACGCGGGCCGGCAGCUCUGCUGUCGCCGCUGCGCCUGGCGGGCUGCUGGCUCCUGGCCGGCGGCCAUCGCGACCUCCGCAGUGCGCUCCGGCUACCGGUUUCUUUCGGCAGCUCUUUGUCCUUCCUUAGCCCAGAUUUUGAUGUAGGCUAGUUGAUACCCCUUCUCUUCUCAACUUUUGUGUGAUCUUUUAGAAAAAUAAAUAUUUUUAACAUGAAA